AUGCAAUCACACGCGCGAAGCCUCGUCGCUUGUGCCCUUGUCGGUGUCUUUAUUCUCUGCCUUCCUGUCCUACUUUCCCAGAGCCAUUAUGGAAGCGGGCCCAGAGUCAGUCCACGCAAUAUCUUGCAGCGCGGCCCUUCCGAUAGAGAACAGCUUGAUGACUCGGCCAUAGGACUGGUUAAUGGUGCAAGCCAAAACAAUCCCGAAUUAUUGACCACGACGUCGUGGUCUAUCUUUUCUUCUUCCCACUCACCUUCGGACCCUCAUGCGUUGGAACGGCGUGCCGACGGUCCACUUUAUUGCACCGAUGGCCCAUGUAUUGACGGCAGCUGCUGCGGUAAAAGCGGUAUCUGUGGCUAUGGCCCAGAUUUCUGCGGUGACGGUUGCACGUCUCAAUGCAAUGCCACAGCCAUGUGCGGACAGUACAGUGAAAACGGGGAAAUGCCUUGUGGUAUGAAGCUUUGCUGUUCGGCCACAGGAUGGUGUGGUACUACAGAGGUGUACUGUGACAAUGCCGACCCAGCCCAUAAAACCUUGCCGUGUCAAGCUGGUUAUGGUUCUUGUUCCAUCACGGGCCCUCCUUCAUGUCCUGCUGGCAGCGGCUCAAGCUCCAAGCGCAAGAUUGGGUAUUAUCAGUCUUGGAAUCAAAGAGAUCGGAAAUGCAACAAGGUUGCACCCAACCAGCUCAACACGGACGGCUACACUCACUUGUUCUUCUCAUUUGCAUCAAUUGAUCCUCAGUCCUUCCGUAUCACUCCUGCACAUCCCGAUGAUGUCCAGGGCAUGAAAGAUUUCACAGCAUUAUCCAAGGAUGGUAAACUCCAAACAUGGAUUGCCGUAGGUGGCUUCGAUUUCAGUAACCCGGAAGCUGCUACCCAUACAACAUGGAGCGACAUGGUCUCAACCAAAGACAACAGAGCAGCCUUCAUCAGCUCAGUCAAGGAGUACAUGGAUACGUACGGUUUCCAAGGAGUCGACAUCGACUGGGAGUAUCCGGGUGCUCCGGAAAGAGGAGGCAGGAAACUUGAUGACACAAGAAACCUGUCUCUUUUGGUGAAGGAAAUGCGCGCUGCAUAUGGUACUGCCUAUGGUAUCAGUUUGACUCUUGCUCCCGACUAUUGGUAUCUAAGAUGGUUUGAUGCCAAGGCAAUGGAAGCGAACGUAGACUUUUUUGGGUUCAUGGCUUACGAUCUUCACGGCUCGUGGGAUGCCGAUGUGUUGGCACUGGGUAGUCUGGUUCGUGGCCAAGCCGAUAUACGCGAAAUCUCCAAGAAUACACUUCCGUUAUGGUUCGAUGGACUCAACCCAGCGAAACUGAACUUCGGCCUCGCCAUGUAUGGCAGAGGCUAUACGCUAGCCGAUCCCUCCUGCAACCAACUUCUUUGCCCCUUCUCAGGUCCUAGCAAGCCAGCUCCGUGCACCUCGUUCAACGGAGUAAUGUCGCUUGUAGAAAUCAAGCAGCUCAUCAAACAGCGAGGCCUGGAACCCCAGUACCUCGAGGAAGCCAUGAUGAAGCAGAUUACGUGGGACGAUCAAUGGAUUGGCUACGACGAUGAGGAUACGUUUGCAGCCAAGAUGUCAUUUGCUGAUAGCCUUUGCUUUGGUGGUACCAUGGUCUGGAGCAUCGAUUUCCAAGAAGUCGGCUCAGGCGGUCCUGAUGAAGAGGACGGGGAAGUUGUCUAUAUUGGUACUGAGGUGUACCAACAACCAACCGCCCAGUGCGAACCCCCUUGCAUCAUGGUGUUGCCGCCAAGCAAGUUGCCAUCUAGCACUACCAUUUCAUUGCCCGAGUACACCACGUCCUUGGAGGUUGGCUCUUCGACCGCGGUGAAUGGCGAGGCUACAUUCGUUGUCACCACUACGACUAUUACCAUCACGUUGACAUCCAUCGUUACCGACCAAUACCCCAUGUCCAAUGUUCACGUAACGAGCCAGUCUGGAAGUAGCAGCAUAGUCGCCAUGCCCAGCGUAGAGGUGCCACCGGUGUCUGUGGUCCUUACCAAUGGGCAAGGCGAGACAAGCACCAGAGUCUUGUCUUUGCCUCCCUGGCCGGCUAUCACCAAUGGACCAGUUGAGACAGGCAAUGGCGGCACUACAAGUGGAGAAGGCGGUGCGUCGAGCACUAUCACGAUCCCAGCGGACGAACCCUACACCAAGCCCGCCAUAGUCGCCAACUGCGAGCAAAGCAUUCUCUACGUCGUCGAGGAGAAGGCCAGGAUCACCUUGCAAGACUGUCAGGGCCCUACCACCAUGGAAUGGGAUUGCCCACCUACGAAGACGAUAGAAAUUGCGGCGGCCGCUGACAAGAGUUUCUCACUCGGAUGUACCGUCUGGGUAGGAACCGGCUUCCAAGGAGUACCAACAACAACCUCAACUAUCUCAGGAUUGCCCGUCUACUCGACCUGGCCUGCUGGCGAGCUUGUUUGGGUCGAAGAUGAGCCUGAAGAUGACGACGACGACAAGAAGACAACGUGCAAGCUCUGGUUCUUUUUCAUAUGUAUUUCCUGGGGCGACAUCAAGAUCGGAGGCUGGCGAUGGGACUUUCCCCCGGGCAUUCUUCCGCCAGGCCCCCCGCCAACGAUCAAGUUCCCACCUCAAAUGACCAUUCGAGGCACUCUUCCAGGUCCUUGGCCUCGUAUUACUAUUGGGGCAAACGGGGUUGCUACCUACCCGGAAAACAAGCCCACGGAUUGCACGAGCUCCACGGCGGAUGUCUGUAUAACCACCACUUCCUUCAGUGCUACCGUCACAGGCCAAACGACCAGGACGGCCACUUCAGUCGUCUCAACCUGUACACCAAUUGUGGGCUGCAAUGUCGAAGACGACGACUCAACCACGAGCGUUACCACAAUCGACUCCUGUACGGCGCUAACGCAACUGGGACGAAGGGCCGAGGCGACUGCAACAGCUUCAGCUUCCGAAAGACAUGAGCUGAGUGCCCGCGCUGGGGAAGCGUGUACGAAAGACGAUAUCAUCAUCUAUCCAGUCAGUAUAGAUGAUCGAUCGAAUCCUUCGGUCUACACUAUUGAGAGCUACCUCCAGGAGCUUGGAUAUGACGGCCUUUUGAAUACGCCCAAUGUAAAAAAGUUGUGGGAAGAGACAGAAGUGGCGGGAAUACCAGAAGAAUACACGGCAUUCUUCUUUGUAAGAGAUGUACCAACGUUCCUCAUCCCCAUAAUUCGAGAGCACAUCGGAGACUACAUCAAAGAUGUUUACUCGAUCUAUGAUUUCAACCAACGCAAUAACUAUCUUCCACAAAGUGCCAGCGCGUCGGUAGCUAGAAGGAACAGCGCCUUCAACGAAUCGCUGGAGCUCGAAAAGAGAGCAGACGAAACCAAUGGUUACUGGGAAUUGUCUCAAGUUUGUUUGCCUCCAAAUGUCGACUGGGAGGAUUCUGCUGAACUGCCCGAUGGGCCAUUUUUGGCGUACUACGACACGAGCUUUGGAGAAGGUCAGACCAUCUAUGUUGUUGAGGAUGGGUUUUCAGACGACGAAGAAUUCGCUCUUACCUAUAACAUAGGGGCCGAAACCUUCAACAGACCUCAAGUCCGCAUGAUAGACGAAACACUGGACUAUGGACAAGUUCACAAUGGCGCUGCCUUGCUGAAGCAUGGCAGCGAUGUGCUUAGCAAAGUAUGGGGGAAAAGCUUUGGACUAGGCAAGAAUGCCCAAAUCGUCAUGCCAAAAAACACCAACGGGGACCCGGCAGACAGGUUUUACAAGAUCCAAGACAGGUAUCUCGAAAGUCUUAUUCGCGUCCUCGGCGACGUCAUGGCUGGAUAUCCGGCAAAUAAGGGCAAAGUCAUCCUCAAUAUGUCAUUUGGCUGGUUGGUCGACGUCCAUACAUGGGUCCACCCGGCCCAUUUCGAGACACUUCACGAGAUCCUGACGGCGUUGGACCAACACGGUGUGGUUAUAGUUGCAGUUACUCAUAACCUCAACUUGGACGUACGGGGCCGGAACAGGCUUGAUGGGUGGCCGAGUCGAUAUGGGGACCCUAGCGACAAUGAUUACAUCCCUAACUUGAUAGUGGUCAGCGGAAGCGACAAGAACGGCGCCGUUUCGCGCCUGAACCCAUCGGCAAGCUGGGUUAUCAAGGCACCCGGAUACCAGGUCCACGUUGCUGGCGGUGGCGUUGAAGACGGUGCAUCUCUCGCCGCUCCGCUUGUUGCUGGCACAAUAGCAUACUGGAGAGGCCUUCCAGGCGUACGGGCAGACUGGGUUGAAGAACUCAAGGACCCUGCAAACGUAAAGAAGCUCUUGCGCUUCAUGCAAAGGCCCAUCAAGGCCCAAACCAUACAAGUUCCUGAUGGCACUAGAUCUCGAGUGCCCACCAUAUGGUCAGGCCGCGUACCUGACGGGGACUGCCUGGUUAACCCCAAACUCAAAGGCUGCCCCAUAUUCACCGACAAAAUCGCAGAUCUGGCUCCAUUUGGUGCCGGUGACUGUGGCCCAGGAGGGUCAGGAAUUAAACGGCGUCAAGACGGCCAAGGAUGGACUUGCGUGAUCGGUGGCGGGGACGGCGGCAACGGGGGUGGCAACAACGGAGGCUCAAAUCCGAAUGGUCUCACCAUUAGCUACAAACCCGGUCCGGUUUCGCCAACUUGCAACGCGGGUUGCGGAACCAGGUGCAGCGGCUACUACUGUGACCCGACCCCGACCGGCGAGCCACCGGGGUACUACGAUCCGCUAGACCCCAGCCACGUAGGCACCCUGACCGGCCUGCCCACACUGUCGAGUCAGCCGACAACGACCAGCUGCGGCCCCGGCGAGGGCACGACGACGAGUCUGAUGUGCGCCGGCGGCAACGGGCACUCGGCGUGCGUGACGAGGCAAGUCUGCACCAGCAUCCAAACGGUGCCGACGAGCCUACCCGACCUGCCCACCCUGGAGCCCGAGGACCCGCCGAUCCCGACCAACUGCGCAGCGACGAGCACCUGGGAGCAGUGCGGAGGUCCCGGCGGCGGCGGCUCCAAGACGGCCUGCAUGACGCACAGCUCGUGCAUUAGCACGUCCGUGUCCACCACCAAGGUGACGCCGACGACGACCCAGCAGCCGACCAACCCUUCGCCCAAGGUCAUCUACAUCAUGGACACCACCUUUAUCAAGUACCCUUGGUACGUGUUUGGAACCAGCCCCGACACGGGGCUCGACCCUUGCAACGCAGAGCCCUUCUCGAAACAGGGUGUCGCCGCGAGCAUCUAUCCGGCGUCUCUCGAUGCAUUCAGCGCGUUUGGAAUCGGUGGUAUCACGUACACGGGCAGUGAGAGCUCACCCGGGACGCUGAAGGUCCCAGGCUACGGCGAUGUCAAGUGCGCCAAGGACCCGGAUUACGGCAAGAUUCAUCACUGCGACAAUCAACAGAAUUGGUACGAAAGACGGGCCAAGUGUACCUGGACAUGA